ACGUCAAAAGCCCCUCCCGCAAAGAAUCUAGCAAAACACACACGCACUCUCUCUCGCCCCUCUCUACCUCUCUGCCGACUCAGGGUAUGGCAGCAAUGGCGUCGAAGCUUAUGCAUGCGGUUCAGUACGACGGCUAUGGCGGAGGAGCUUCUGGUUUAAAGCAUGUAGAGGUUCCGAUCCCCACUCCGACGAAAGGCGAGGUUUUACUGAAACUGGAAGCAGCCAGUAUAAACCCAAUUGAUUGGAAAAUUCAGAAAGGCAUGUUGCGGCCUUUUUUGCCCCGAAAAUUCCCUUAUGCACCCGUUAGUGAUGUUGCUGGAGAGGUUGUAGAAGUUGGACAGGGGGUCCAAAAGUUCAAACCUGGCGACAAAGUUGUGGCAUAUCUUUCCCAAGCUGGAGGUGGACUGGCCGAGUACGCAGCAGCUACUGAGAACUUGACAGUGACCAGGCCACCUGAAGUAUCAGCAGCUGAAGGUGCAGGCUUACCUAUUGCUGGCCUCACAGCUCACCAGUGUCUCACGCAGGCUGCUGGGGUCAAGCUGGACGGAAGCGGCCAGCAAAAGAACAUACUGAUUACUGCUGCCUCUGGUGGUGUGGGUCAAUAUGCAGUCCAAUUAGCAAAGCUUGGAAACACGCAUGUUACAGCCACUUGUGGAGCUCGUAACAUUGAAUUUGUCAAGAGCUUAGGGGCAGAUGAGGUUCUUGACUACAAGACCCCAGAAGGAGCAGCUCUGAAUAGCCCGUCUGGGCGGAAAUAUGAUGCCGUGGUCCACUGUGCAACCGGCAUUCCCUGGUCAACUUUUGAGCCUAAUUUGAGCGCCAAUGGGAAGGUGAUAGACAUUACUCCCAGUCCAAUUGCCUUGGUUACUUUUGCUCUGAAGAAACUCACCUUCUCAAAGAAGCAGCUGGUGCCGCUGCUCAUGAAUGCCAAGGCUGAGAACCUGGAGUAUCUCGUUAAGUUGGUGAAGGAAGGAAAGCUCAGGACAGUGAUUGAUUCGACAUAUCCUCUGAGCAAGGCUGAAGAUGCUUGGGCUAAGAGUAUCAGUGGACAUGCGACCGGGAAGAUCAUCGUCGAGCCUUAAGUAGACAAGAUGUAACAUCUUACUGAUAAUUUUAAUGGAAUGUAAACUUAUAUCUUCAUGUACUUAAACAAGAGUUAUCUCAUACAGGUGGUUGUGCGCUUUAUGAUAUGUCUUCCAAUGA